AUGUACAUAUUUCAUACCUCCGACAACAGUCAAGAGGAUCGCUGUCCUAAAGGUCCACCAGCUCCUUCAUCCGAACAAGAGUAUUAUUAUCAUCAACAACAAGCUGAAGGUGAGGACGAUCAAAAGACAAUAGUAAUGGAAAAGUUUUUAGUCAGCUCACCGGCCCAGUUGUCCCAGCCUUUCGAAAUGAACUCUGAUUCUUUCAUCCAGUACAACAAUAUGGACUUUUUAGAUCCUAAUGCCACUUCAAUGAUAAUGGACUCGAAUUAUCUGCAAUCGCGUGUUUCUAUACCAGUUCUGUCUCCACAGAAUGCAACCGCUGACAACCCUGCUUCAUAUGGCGCCUUCUCGUUCCAACAGUUGAACCCGAAUCAGGCGUCGGAUUCGUCCUUACUAUCAAGUAGUAAAGAGUUUGUCCCUGAAAAUGACAGUGGUCAAGAUAAUAAUAAAAAUAAUGACGACGACAAUAAUACUAGUAAUAAUGAUGAUGAUGAUAAUACUGAGGACAUGGUUCCUAAGUCAGACAACUCAACUCUUUUGCAUAGUUCCGAGCUCAUGGGCCCGAACCAAUCAUUGCUCAACAGCAACUCCAAGUUUAGUCAUUCUAGGAAUGUUUCAUUAGACGAUGGUUAUUAUAAUACCUCAUUUCUACUGGGAAUGGCUUCGUUGUCCGCCUCAUCCAAUUUCGCAAGACCUCCACAGUCUCUGUACCAAUCCAUGCACUCAACUUAUAGACACCAUAGACCUACUUUAUCAACGUCUUCUGUGGCCUCUGCUAAUCAAGAUCCACCGGCUUAUUUAGAUCAUCAAUAUGGUCAUCAUCAAUACCUUCUGCAUCCAAUGUCUAUGCAAAAUAAUCCAAACUUGAACACUCAAUCACAACAACAACAACAAUCUCCUUCAAGUUAUUCCAUGGAUUCUAUGCAUCCCCUGUCAUCAUCUAUUUCGUUCCAAUCCUUUCUGGAAUCACCCCAAUCAUUUGCUAAGCAACCCUCACAAAGUCAAGUACUAAAUACUCCAAGACGACACUCCAGAAACAAAUCACUUUCCACUUCGUCAGUAAAUACUUAUGCUACUCCCUUAAGGGGUGGUCUUACUUCCCAACACCAAACAUCUCAAUCCAACUUAAUCCCACAACCUCCUGGAAUGUCCCCUGUGAACUUGAUGGGUUCUCAAAGAAUCACUAAAACGCCAUAUCUGGCAAAGGGUAAAGGACAUUCAAGAUCAAGGUCCAGAAUGUCCAUGGAUGCUACUGGAGCCUUUCUUCAAUCGUUAUCAUCUCAAAGUCAACCAUCUUUACCACCUACACAACAUUAUAGUGCUCCCGGUUCAGCAUCAGCAAACAUCCAAGGUAAAAACCCAUUUUUCAAUUCGCCCAUCAUGUCUCCGGGAAGUCAGUCAAAUUUAGAUAUUUCUUCAACGGCUACAACUCCUCAGCACCAACCACCUUCAACAAGUCAACGAAUGCAACAAGCUAAUUUGAACUUGGGACAAACAGCAGCAGAUAGUACUUCAUCAUACCGAAGAUCAUCGACCAGUAUCCAAAGUUCUUAUUUCACUACGCCUCCAAGUACUUCCAAACAGCAUUUACCUUAUAAUCCUCAUAUCCAUCAACAACCUACCAAUUUACUUUUGAGUGGGUUCUCGGGUGCAGGGAAAACCUCGGAGUCUCCUACCCAUGAAUCUAAUCCAUCUCUUGGAGGAAGUGCCCAAACUGGUGUUGGGAAUGAUUCUUCCACUAUCAUAGAUGCGAUCAACAUCGAAGGACAGGAUAAUGAUGCCUUUAAGCAAUUGAAGAAAGCAAAGUCGCAAUUACAGAUAUCAACUGUAGGACGCUUUCUUCAACCACCUCCACCACCACCUAAGUUUAUGUCUGACGUAGCCACUGCAACAACAGCUACUACUAACUCAGCUCGGUAUAUGUCUAAUGUUCCAGAACAAGGUGGUGGUACUGGACUUUACUUUUAUGAGAACUCUGAAUCAGGCUCUAACUUCGGAAAGUCAUAUACUGACAUGAGUGGAGGAGGAAUGAAUGGUUCGUUAUUACCUGCAAUUGAUUCCAUGGGAGACAAAUACACUGGGGAAGAUGGGUUGGAGUUUGGAUUACUGGGAUAUAGUCAUCAAUCAUCAUCAACAAUUCUGAAAUCAGCAAUGCCAGAGGAAAUGGCUGCAGCAUUGGGGGAAGAAAAGGUUAAAGAAAUCAAUACCUUGGUAGGCAAUGAAAUCAAUUUACAGAGCUUGAAAUUGCCAGUUAAGAAGAACAAAAAGGAAAAGCCCUUUGAUCCAAAGAAGAAACACGCUUGUCCAUUAUGUGAUGCUAAGUUUCAACGACCUGAGCAUGUCAAGCGACAUAUGAAGAGUCAUUCAAGUGAGAAGCCUUUCCAAUGUGAAGAGGCUAAUUGUGGGAAACGUUUCAAUAGAAAGGAUAAUCUCAAAGCUCAUUUGAAGAAGAUUCACCAAAAGUCUAACUCUUAA